GAAGCCUCGCCCCGCGGUGAUAGAUUAGUCAGGCCUCAGAAAGAUGGCGUCCUCGGAGCAGGCAGAGCAACCGAGCCAGCCCAGCUCCCCUCCGGGAAGUGAGAAUGUGAUGCCCCGAGCGCCACUGAUUGCCACAGCGGUGAAGUUUCUACAGAAUUCCCGUGUCCGCCAGAGCCCACUCGCGACCAGGAGAGCGUUCCUGAAGAAGAAAGGGCUGACCGACGAGGAGAUCGACGUGGCGUUCCAGCAGUCGGGCACCGCGGCCGAGGAGCCUCCGUCCCUGGGCCUGGCCGCACAGGUGGUCCCCGUCCAGCCCCCUCACCUCGUUUCUCAGCCGUACAGCCCCGUGGGUUCCCGAUGGAGAGAUUACAGUGCCUUGGCCAUCAUCAUGGCGGGAAUCGCAUUCGGCUUCCACCAGCUCUACAAGAAGUACCUGCUCCCCCUCAUCGUGGGCGGCCGGGAGGACCGGAAGCAACUGGAGAGGAUGGAGGCGAGCCUCUCGGAGCUGAGUGGCAGUGUGGCCCAGACAGUGACUCAGCUACAGGUGACGCUAGCCUCCGUCCAGGAGCUGCUGGUCCAGCAGCAGCAGAAGGUCCAGGAGCUCGCCCACGAGCUGGCCACUGCCAAGGCCACCACGUCCACCAACUGGAUCCUGGAGUCCCAGAACAUCAAUGAGCUCAAGUCGGAAAUCAACUCCUUGAAAGGCCUCCUGUUGAAUCGGAGGCAGUUCCCGCCCUCCCCGUCGGCCCCCAAGAUCCCCUCCUGGCAGAUCCCAGUCAAGUCGCCCUCGCCCUCCGGCCCUGCGGCCGGGAACCCCCACAGCAGCAGCGACAUCUCGCCGGUCAGCAACGAGUCCACCUCGUCCUCGCCCGUGAAGGAGGGGCACAGCCCCGAGGGCUCGGCGGCCUCCUGCCACCUGCUGGGGCCCCAGGAGGAGGGCGAGGGGCUGGUGGACGUCAAGGGCCAGGUGAGGAUGGAGGUGCAGGGCGAGGAGGAGAAGCGGGAGGACGAGGAGGAUGAGGACGUGAGCCGCGUGGACGAAGAGGACCGCCUGGGGGUGCAGCGGGAGGACCGCCGGGGCGGGGACGGGCAGAUCAACGAGCAGGUGGAGAAGCUGCGGCGGCCGGAGGGCGCCAGCAACGAGCACGAGCGGGACUAGGCCCCGGGGCGCGGGGGGCCGCGGCUCUGCCCGCCCGGCCGCUCUCACCUGCUCCUUCCUGAGCUCGGGCCCCGGGCAGGCAGCCCCGACCUUGUUCUCGGGCCGAGGGCCCGACCCCUGGACCGACGUCCCGUGCAGGUGUGUCCGCCGAGCGCCCUAGCUAACCCACCAGCAAGCAUGACAAGAGGUGGCUCUGACCUGACUCCUGACCCCCUGGGCGGGGGGGGGCUGCGUUGACCGGUGUCUGCUGCCCCGCCCCCUCCCUGGCCCCCGGCUCCCAGUCCGCUUCUCGCCAGGGGCCUCGGGCUCUGGCCGUGCCCCCACGGCGCCUUUCUCCGGGCGCGGGCCUCGCGGCCCUGCCCGCCCGAUGCCGCCGCCCUCCGCCUGCCCCAGCCCCACCAGGCCCUGUCGCCCUGCGCCCAUGAAGUCGCACUGCGCUUGUGACUGUCACCUGCCGUAGCGGCUUGGCCACACCCCUGCGGUGAGGAGUGGCCGUCCCCCCACGGGGGCGCCAGGCCUGGGGGCCUUGCUGUCUGUCCUCCCCAGCCGGGGACACGUGCCCCUCCGAGAGAUCGGGCCCAGGGGGGAGCGUGAGGAGCAGCUGUACAUAAUUGUAAUAAAGAUGACUUGUCACUAUUUAA